AUAAAUCAAUAAAGAAAAGAAGAGUGACAUAGAGAUCCCAUCUAGCAUAUAUCAAUUCAUGUUGUUUAGGGUUAGAAACCAUGUAAUUAAGAAAGCUAUAACUACACCUUCCCAUUCUCUCUAUUUUACUCUCCAAAUUCAAACACUAAUAUAUACUUCUUUCUUCCCACCUUAAUCACCUAAUUUAUCUCUUUCUAUAUCUUCUCAAAAAAACAAAAUCAAACUUAGAAUUGAAGAAAAUAUGGACAAUAGAGAUAUUUCAAAUGGUUUCCUUCAUGAAAACACAACAAGUUCAUCAAAUGAAAAUCCUCCUAUUUUAAAGAGGAAAAGAAACCUUCCUGGAAAUCCAGAUCCUGAAGCAGAAGUGAUAUCUUUAUCACCAAAAACAUUGAUGGCAACAAAUAGAUUCGUGUGCGAAAUUUGUCUAAAAGGUUUUCAAAGGGACCAAAAUCUUCAACUUCAUCGACGCGGACAUAACCUUCCUUGGAAGCUGAAACAAAGAACAAGCAAAGAAAUAAGGAAGAGAGUGUAUGUUUGUCCAGAAAAGACUUGUGUUCACAAUCAUCCUUCAAGAGCUUUGGGAGACUUAACUGGGAUAAAGAAGCACUUUUGUAGGAAGCACGGUGAGAAAAAGUGGAAGUGUGAGAAGUGCUCAAAGUUUUAUGCUGUUCAAUCAGAUAUGAAAGCACAUUCAAAAACUUGUGGUACCAGAGAAUACAAAUGUGACUGUGGCACUAUAUUUUCGAGGAGGGAUAGCUUUGUGACUCAUAGGGCUUUCUGUGAAGCCUUAGCAGAAGAAACAGCUAGAAUAAACGGAUCAACCAACUCAUUAUUAGGAAUGGGAGGUAACAACAUUGCUAAUUACAACAUCAUGCAAAAUUCACUUCUCCCAAACAUAGGAGGAACUCAUUUUUCCUCAAUUUUCAAACCAAAUUCAUGCACAAAUCAAGAAACAACAAAUCAAACAUCAAGAUCAGGUUUAUCCCUUUGGAUGUCUCAACCAUCUCAUGACACAAUAUUGGCUAAUAACAACAAUUUGCAUGAAACUUAUCAUCAAAAUUGGGUGUUUGGAAAUAAAUUAUCUUCUAAUAAUGAAUCUCAAGAGUUAACUAGUUCUGUUUCACUUCCACUUGUCAAUAACAACAACAUUGAUAAGGAUAGUGCAAAUGCAAACAACCUUGUUAGUGUUCCUUCUUUGUAUAGCUCACAACACCAAUCUCAAUCUAAUCAUCAAAUCACAACCUUUGCAAACAUGUCAGCAACUGCUUUGUUACAAAAAGCUGCUCAAAUUGGGACAACAACUUCAACUGAUUCAUUAUACCUUGGAAGUUUAGGAUUGAGAUGUAAUAGUCCAAGUCAAGAUCAUGGUAACAAAUUUUGUGGGGUGUUUACAACAAGUGAUCAUGGUACAGCAGAGUACUAUUCAGGUGAAUUGUCACAAAUGCCCCCAACAAAACGACGACGUGUGCAGAAUGAAGAGAAUGUUUGGGGACAAACUAGGGAUUUCCUUGGUGUUGGUGGUGCUAACCAUUUGCAUCCAUUCAUCCAUCAGAAGAUGGAUUUGAUUUGAUCAUGUAUCCCCGUGCCCUCCUACUCAUCACAGUCUGAGCGCCCUUAAAUUAUGUAGCAAUGUUAAAAUUUUACAUAAGAGUUUUUUAUUGAUCGUAUAAUCUGCGGUUAAACGUUCGUUGAAGUAUUGAUUUACAUAAUAAAAAUAGAAUUUUAGUAUAGGCUUAAAUAUGUUACUAGUCCCUGCAGUUGUAGCAUAUUUUGGUUUUAGUCCCUGCAAUUUUUUUUGUUUGGUAUUAGUCCUUGCAAUUUGAAAAACUUUGUUCAACAUGAACACCAAUAGAAGGUUUUGUGAAAGGGGAAGAGUGAAACUCAAGGUUUUAAAUUGAACGUGAAUCGAACUCAUAACUUUUUACAGUGGUAAAGGUGAAAAUUGAGUGUGCUUGAGGAAGCUUGAAAAGUUGUUAGAAAACUAUUGAAGGGCUAAAAUUAAGAAGAGAUAUAUGCAUGCAAUGCAAUGUAUAUUCUUUUGAAUCCAUAAAGAUGUCUCCUUUUAAAAA